GGGCGGGCGGGCUCGCGGGCGUUCAGAGCCGGACUCGGGUCCUUGGCGCCUGGCACUCGAACUCCCACCCCGACCCGCACCCGGCCCGGGACCCCGACCCCGACUUGGCCCGGCCCGGCCCCCGUCCUCGCCCCCCGGGCCGAUGGACUACUCCUACCUCAAUUCGUACGACUCCUGCGUGGCGGCCAUGGAGGCGUCCGCCUACGGCGACUUCGGCGCCUGCAGCCAGCCCGGAGGCUUCCAGUACAGCCCGCUCCGGCCCGCCUUCCCCGCGGCCGGGCCGCCCUGCCCCGCGCUCGGCUCCUCCAACUGCGCGCUUGGCGCCCUACGCGACCACCAGCCCGCGCCCUACUCGGCAGUGCCCUACAAGUUCUUCCCGGAGCCGUCGGGCCUGCACGAGAAGCGCAAGCAGCGGCGCAUACGGACCACGUUCACGAGCGCGCAGCUCAAGGAGCUGGAGCGUGUCUUCGCGGAAACCCACUACCCGGACAUUUACACGCGGGAGGAACUGGCGCUCAAGAUUGACCUCACCGAGGCUCGCGUGCAGGUCUGGUUCCAGAACCGCCGGGCCAAGUUCCGAAAACAGGAGCGCGCGGCCAGCUCCAAGGGCGCGGCGGGCGUGGCGGGCGCCAAAAAGGGCGAGGCGCGCUGCUCGUCCGAGGACGACGACUCCAAGGAGUCCACGUGCAGCCCGACGCCCGACAGCACCGCGUCGCUGCCGCCGCCCGCGCCCGGCCUGGCCAGCCCGCGCCUGAGCCCCAGCCCGCUGCCGGCCGCCCUGGGCUCCGGGCCCGGGCCGGGCCCGGGGCCACAACCGCUCAAGGGCCCCUUGUGGGCCGGCGUGGCGGGCGGCGGGGGCGGCGGGCCCGGCGCGGGCGCCGCGGAGCUGCUGAAGGCCUGGCAGCCAGCAGAGCCGGGGCCAGGGCCCUUCUCCGGGGUCCUGUCCUCCUUCCACCGGAAGCCCGGCCCCACCCUGAAGACCAAUCUCUUCUAGCCGCUGGACUCCGGAGGCUCCGGGCCGGGCCCCAGAGACGCCCCAGCCCCUCCAAGGCCUGACAGAGCCCCUCCCCACCCCGGCCGCCUGCCUGGAAGUCCCCACCUCCCAGUGUCUGACCCCUAGGAGCCCCCUCCCUAGUUUUGGAGACAAAGUUAGAGCCACUCCUGUCCUCACCCACCCCACCCGGCAGAGCGGGGUACUUUCCCUGGGACCCCCUGCCCCCUAGGAGAGCCCAGAGGCGCGUCUAGCUUGGCUUUCUUUGGAACCGGGAUCAGAUAACUGCCGGUCCCCAACAGGGUUCCAACGUGAGGUCCUCCGGGAGGACAGCCGGCCCCUCCCCUCCCUGCAGCAGGCUGGGCCAGUCCCCUCCUCGGUGAGCAGCCAGCGGCCCCAGCCCUCAGGCUCACCGUAAUCAGCAGCCUGAAGGGCCCCACCAGCUUGUCCCCCGGCGUUUCCUCCCGGCCCAGAGGGUAGGCCCUUUAGAGAAGUGCAGGGGCUGCCAGGCCAAUGGGGCAGAGGGGUUUCCUCUUGAUUUUUUUUGUUUUGUUUUAUUGUUGUUCUUUGAAAAACUUGUAAUUUAUUGAGGUGAGUUUUGCUCAAUCCAAAUAAAACU